AAUGGCUAUUCGUUUAAAGUCACGAGAGAAGAAGGACGAUGAUAAGUUCUGCAUAAUAUAAAUCUAGCACUGCAGUAAGCGUUUUAAAGUGUAACAUGUGAAUCCGUGAUUGAGACUUUGCAUAAUAUAUUAAAAACAAAAUUACUUGUUUCUGUGAUCAGUGAAAUAAGUUCAAUUUGAACAAUAAAUGUGGGUUUAGGAGUUACCCCAAAAAGUAUUACAGGAAAGUGGUUUCAUGUGACAUUCAACAUGAAAAAUUUGAUUAUUUUCACUACAUUGUGUGGAUUUGCUGUUGGAGAAGCUCCACUGACCGGUGGUUUCCCUGGUUACCCGAACCGUUCACCAAUACCAACCUCAUAUCAAGGUGGAGGAUCAUACAUUCCAGCAAAUACUGGCGGAGGCUCAAGCGGUGGUUAUCAAGGAGGGAAUUCUGCUGGGUACAGCGGUAACAGCGGGGGAUAUUCCAGUGGAACUCCUUCAUACGGAACUCCAGGCUCUGGAACAUCUGGAUCAGGUUUGGCAGGUCAAUUGGUAACUCCAGACUUGCUAAAUCGAAUUCGUUCUAUUUUGGAAAAUGUAGGAAAUACGGGAACUUCUUCAUAUGGAGCACCAGGAGGCUCUGUGAGACCAGGAUUUGGACGUAAUGGCGCCUUGAAUAACCAGUAUGGCCCUCCGUCACCCGGAUACUCAAUCGGAGGAGGUUCGCCAAGUCAAUCAUAUGGAUCCCUAGGAGGAAAUGCAGGGCCCGGAUAUGGUGCUCCAAGCGGUGGUAGUGGACCAAGUAGUGGGUACGGAGCACCAGGAGGAAGCAGUGGGCCAAGUGGGUCGUAUGGUGCCCCCGGAGGAAGUGGACCAAGUGGGUCGUAUGGUGCCCCCGGAGGAAGUAUACCAAGUGGGUCGUAUGGUGCGCCUGGCGGAGGAAGUGGACCAUCUAGCGGCGGGUAUGGUGCCCCCGGGGGAAGCAGUGGACCAUCUAGCGGCGGGUACGGAGCGCCAGGAGGCGGUGGACCAAGUGGGUCAUAUGGUGCCCCCGGAGGAAGCAGUGGACCAAGUGGGUCGUAUGGUGCCCCCGGAGGAAGCAGUGGACCAUCUAGCGGCGGGUACGGAGCGCCAGGAGGCGGUGGACCAAGUGGGUCAUAUGGUGCCCCCGGAGGAAGCAGUGGACCAAGUGGGUCAUAUGGUGCCCCCGGAGGAAGCAGUGGACCAAGUGGGUCGUAUGGUGCCCCCGGGGGAAGCAGUGGACCAUCUAGCGGCGGGUACGGAGCGCCAGGAGGCGGUGGACCAACUGGGUCGUACGGUGCCCCCGGAGGAAGUAGUGGACCAAGUGGGUCGUAUGGUGCGCCUGGCGGAGGAAGUGGACUAUCUAGCGGAGGGUACGGUGCCCCCGGGGGAAACAGUGGACCAAGUGGGUCGUACGGUGCUCCCGGAGGAAAUAGUGGACCAUCCAGCGGCGGGUACGGAGCGCCAGGAAGCGGUAGUGGACCAAACAGUGGCUACGGAACCCCGGGCCGUAGCGGUCCUUCAAGCGGCUACUCCUCCGGUGGGAAUACUGGACCUUCUAGCGGAGGAUAUGGUGUGCCAAGUGGGCCAAGUAGUGGAUAUGGUGCGCCAGGAGGAGGCAGUGGGUCAAGUGGGUCGUAUGGAGCGCCUGGUGGAAACAGAGCCCCAUCAAGCGGCGGAUAUGGUGUACCAAGCGGCGGUAGUGGAUCAGGGAGUGGGUACGGAGCGCCAGGGGGUAGCGGUCCGUCAAGCGGCACUAAUGGGCCAAGUGGGGGGUACGGUGCGCCAGGAUCAAGCAGUGGGCCAGGGUCGUAUGGUGCGCCAGGAGGAAGCAGUAGCCCAUCUAGCGGCGGGUACGGAUCACCUGGAGGCGGUGGAUCAAGCGGUUCAUAUGGUGCCCCCGGAGGAAGCAGUGGCCUAGGGUCGUACGGUGCUCUCGGAGGUAGCAGUGGACCAAGUGGAUCUUACGGGGCGCCAGGUGGAAACAGAGCCCCAUCAAGUGGUGGAUAUGGUGCGCCAGGCGGCGGUAGUGGACCAGGCAGUGGGUACGGAGCGCCAGGGGGUAGCGGUCCGUCAAGCGGCACUCCAAGUGGCGGGUAUAGUGCGCCUGGUGGCGGUGGUGGACCAAGUGGGUCGUAUGGUGCGCCUGGCGGAGGAAGUGGACCAUCUAGCGGCGGGUAUGGUACCCCCGGGGGAAGCAGUGGACCAUCUAGCGGCGGUUACGGAGCGCCAGGAGGCGGUGGACCAACUGGGUCGUACGGUGCCCCCGGAGGAAGUAGUGGACCAAGUGGGUCGUAUGGUGCGCCCGGCGGUGGUGUUGGACCAAGUAACGGAUACGGAACGCCAAGCGGCAGUGGUCCUUCUAGCAGCUACUCUCCAGGCGGGAAUACUGGUCCUUCAAACGGCGGGUAUGGAGCACCGGGUGGCGGUGGGUCAAGUGGGUCGUAUGGUGUCCCCGGAGGAAGCAGCGGGCCGAGUGGGUCGUACGGUGCCCCAAGCGGUGGUGUUGGACCAAGUAACGGAUACGGAACGCCAAGCGGCAGUGGUCCUUCUAGCAGCUACUCUCCAGGCGGGAAUACUGGUCCUUCAAACGGUGGGUAUGGUGCGCCAGGAGGCGGUAGUGGACCAAGUAGCGGGUACGGAGCGCCUGUGGGUGGACCUUCUGGCGGUGGAUACGGAGGAGCGGCGUUUGGUAGUACUGGUGGGUAUCAAACAGGAUCUAGUCAAACUGGUGCUGGGAGUUCAGGAAUUUCUAUCGACGACAUUAGGCCAGCAUCACUUAUAGCAAAUUUUCAAGCUCCCGUUGGAAGCAGACCACAAUACGGUCCACCUAAUUUUGUAUCAGGUCAGCCUAGUGGGAGAUAUAACAGGGAAGCUGUCAAGUCUUCUGAAAAAUUAGAAUCACUCUCAAAAUCUCAUUUUCAAGGAAGAACAAUAAAAAUAGUAAAUGAUCAUUAGAUUUUAUUUUAUGCAAUUCGGGGAUUAACUGUAUAUCACCCAAAUUUAUGUAUUUUUUGUCAACUACCAAUUUCAGAUUUCAAAUAUGAUACACAUACUUAUUUAGAUGAUUGACUGACAACAUGCAUAAUUAUUAUAUUAAUGAUUAUAUAGUUUGAUUAAUAAGGCUUACUUUUAUUGUAUACUAUUAUUUUGAUGCACCUCGAUAUAAAUGUAAGGUGUUUGAUGCGGACUAGGAAUUUUUACAAAAUAAUAAUCAAUUGUUUUACAUUUGUCCUACUUCGCA